AUGACAUAUUGGCGGCCGGCGUCAAAGGAUAUGGUGUUUUAUGACAAGUACGAAGAUGUUCCGGAAAAAUGGCAAACGGUUGUUCGCCCUCAGAUGUUUCCACCCAAACCUGAAGAUCUAGACAAGUAUAACUUGGAAAAAUGUAUAAGAAUUUUGCCCCAUCAUCAAGACACUGGUGGAUUUUUCGUAGCAGUAUUCGAGAAGACAUCACAGUUACUGUGGGAGAAGGCUGAAGAAGAAAAAAUGGGGACUAAUGAAACGGCGGAAGUGUCAAAAGAAGAGAAAAAAGAGCCACCUAAAAAGAAAAGACGAAUGGGCGGUUACAGAGAGGAUCCAUUUGUAUUUUUCUCCGGAGACAGCGAAGACGUGUUCCCUUCUAUCAAAGAAUACUACGACCUUAAAUCGGACUUUGACUCUACCUGUCUUCUAACGAGGUGUCAUGUGGGGAAAAAGAAGAACAUAUAUUUGGUGUCGAGUGUGGUAAAAGAUGUUGUGCAGAAGAAUGAGAACAAUAUCAAGAUUAUCAAUACAGGCGUGAAGACGUUCGUUAGAUGUGACAAUAAAAACAUGAUGUGCCCUUUCAGGUUAUCACAAGAGGGUCUGCCAAGCAUAUCGCAAUAUAUAGGACCCAAGCGAAGGGUUAACAUCCUGAAGGAAGACCUAAUUCUAGUAUUGCAGAACGACAACCCGAGCAAUCCGCCCGAUAUCAAACUGUUCUCUGAACAUACACAGAAUUUGGUGAAAGACUUUGCAACGGGCAGUUGUAUUCUAGAAUACCAAGACACGGAAUCAAACCUAAAACUAACGCUAGUGGGUUGGCGAGGUGUACAUUCGCUGCGGGCGUACACCGCCACGCCCGACACUGUGCAUUAUUUGCGACUCUUAGGCGCCGAUUAUAGUAAAUAUGACGUUAACAAAUUCAAAAAGGCCUCUGACGUAUCAGACGAGGCGGACACCAAUAACGUUGCUGAAGUUUCGCAAUGUUCGACAAGUGAAAAAGAGCCUAAUGGUGAUAAGGAGAACAACAGUGACGUCUCUAUAAAUGAAGCUUCAAAAAUAAAUAGUACAUAA